AUGUACUUGGUAAAGACGGACACGUACAGCGCCAUCCAAAUCGUCACGAUCACGGCGGGGCUCGCCAAGGACACCUCGAUCAGCACGCUCAGGAACUACUCCUACAAGUAUUUCUUUGAGAACAACACAGUCAUGUACGAGAUCGAACGUACCUACAGUAUUGAUGUCGCGGCGGUCGCCAUCACGAGCACUAGAGUCGUCCGUUGCCUGAGCAAGUCGAAAGUAUCUAGCACUAACCAAGGUGACGCAGUGUCCAGCGGGACGGACUUUCCCGGUGCCUAA